AUGACUGAUCCAGCAAAACGCCACGAGUGCAAUGUUUGUCACAAGACAUUCAAAACGCCAUCCGCGCUCGUAGUGCACGCGGUUAUUCACACAGGAGAAAAGCCGUUCGAAUGUGAUGAUUGUGGUAUGAAAUACAAUUCCAAGGCUACCUUGUCCAAGCAUCGAUUGAUUCAUGAAACUUCGAAGCCGUUUGAAUGUUUGAUUUGUGGGAAAGCUGAUACGCUGAAAUAUAAUAUCAAAAGACACAUAAACAAAGUACAUAAUCUCGAAGGAGAUCGACUGGAAGCGGCGAUUCAAUCUUCCGAAAGACGCCGGAAUAUCAGAAAAUCAGCGAGAACCGUUUUGAAUAAAACUAAUACAGUUUCAACACCAAACACUAAGAGAAAAGCGCCAAAGAGAUCUCGGCAGGAAGAAGAGGAUAUGGAAGCGAUGGAUGAUGACAACGACUUGGAGAAUUCGUCAGGAACACCGGCCGUGCAACAAAGAGAAAUCGAUUCGGAUUCUGUGAUACCAUCAAACCGUAGAAAUGCGUUGGGCACUCAAGAAACUGGAAAUCACAGAAACAGCGAUGAAGUGAACAAAAAAUCUGAAUCGAAUCAAGAAAAAACCGAAGAAAAGCCGAGUCUGAUUCUCGCUCCGCUGCCAAAAAGAAGAAAAAUCAAUACUCCGACGAUAAAAAUGACCCCAUUCCCCAUUAAAACUGAGAAUCCAAUCGUUCAAGAAGUCGGUGAUUUGAUGCCUCUUAUGGAUCUAUCGACAUCAUCAUUCCAUCCAUCAGCUUCACAACAAGGAAUUCUCGACAUGGGUCUGGAUUCUCAAAUCGGAAGUGUUUCAAAUAAUUCAUCGAUCAAUACACCGCAAUUUAGUUUCGAUGAAGACAUUCGUCAGAUUGCCCAUCAAUUGUCUCGUGUUGCCACCGCCCGUCCGGAAUGUCAUGAUGCCCUCCGUGAAGUUCUCUAUGGAACGAUUGUUGCAUUCGGAAGUGGAGGAUUCGAUAACAAUGUUGGAGAAUUCUUCAAGAAAAUGAAUGAUCGUUAUAAUCAUUGA